AUGUUUUUUUACGUUUUAUUGAUUAGUACAACAAAUUUUUUAGAUUCUCAUUUAAAUUACUUAAACAACCAAAUUUACAGGAGUGUUUACAAUUUUGUAGGCACAGAAGAAAGUAUACAACAAAAUACAAUAUUUGAAAAUUUAUUGUGUACUGACAAAACAAAGAAAAAAAAUGAAGUAGAGACAGAAUGUAAUCAAAGAAUUAGUAAGUUUCCUUUAGAUAGUGGUUGUAUGUAUGAACAACGUGACCAACAUAUUUAUGAAACAGGUAAUUUUUUUACAAUGCCUAAUAAAGAUAAUAAAGAGCUAUUUCAAAUCACAAACCCCGCAAUUCUUUUUGGUCAGGAUUACUUAACGAACAGUAGUGCAAAUACAAUAUUUAAAAAUAAAGCUAAAAGCAAUCUCCAGUACUGCAAUGACGUUUUAAGUGCUACAGACUUUUCAGAUACUAAAAUCUUUGAAAAAGAAUUGUCAACGAUAAAUAGCGAUAGCUUUUCUACACAAGCUGGAUCGUGUUUUAAUAUUAAUUUACAUAAGCAAAUGGAAAAUAUAUCAGCUGUGCAAGAAAAUAAAUUUCUAGCAAAUCAAUUAAAAGCUGGUUGCAUUGAUAAUUACAUAGAACCUAACAAUCAGAAAUAUGAAUAUAUGGUUUUUGAAAAUGAAUUGUAUAAGGAAAUUGAAAGAUAUAUUAAUUUAGUUGAUUCUGAUUUUAUACAUUGUAAUAUUGAUAAAUAUGCUGACGUUUACAAUAAAAAAUAUAGCGAAGAUAGUAACUCCAAUGUUAUAAAUUUUUUUAAUGGCAGCGAUUUAAUUAUAAAUAAUAAAAAAGAGCAAGAAAAAGGAAAUGCAGAUUUUGCUGCAGAUCAUAAACCUUCUAAAAGCUUGACUUCUGAAAAUUCAAAUAUCGAGAUUUCUGAUAUUUUAAAAAAAAAUAAAAAAGAGUUACAAGCACUUAAAGAUAAGUUUUAUUUAAAUAUAAGAAAACGAUCAUAUAGGGAUCAUAUUGACUGUCACUUAAAUAAAAAUUCUAAAUAUUGUAUUAUUCGUCGUAGGAUAUAUACAUAUUGUAUAUGGUUUAAAACUUUUGAAAGCGAAAUUGUUAAAAUUUUUAUGGGUAAUCUUAAUUCUUAUUUUUCGUCUGCAAAUACUAAAAAUCUUUUUUUUGACUCAGUUGAACUUCUUAGAGAAAUUGCACAGUUUUUUAUUGACAUUAAAGACCAUUUUUAUCUACAACAAUACAAUCAGUGUGAUAUAAUAAGUAAUGUAACAUUAGCUGAAAAUAUAAUCAAAGAAAUGGUAUUAAAUUUUAAUUAUGAAAAGAUUGAUGAUUUUAUGAAGCAAACUAUUAAAAAAAUAAAAAAAAAUUCAUGUUCUUCUUCUAAAAAAGUCACGAAGGAGGAUUAUUUGCACGUUUUAUGCAACAUUGAAAGAUUUAAAAAAAAAUUUAAGCUCUAUGCAGUAAAUAUUACAAUGUUGAAAGAGUUUUUUGAAGUAAAUUUUAAUAAAUAA